AUGCCUAGAUCCCCCCCCCCCCCCACCCUCCGGUCCUCGGGGCGCUCUGCAGGCCGAGGGCCAUGUCCCGGGUGCAGAUCCCAGGGCUGGUGUUCGGCAUCGGGGGUUUCGGAGCCCUGGUGGCUGCCACGGCUUCCAACGAGUGGAAAGUGACCACGCGCGCGUCGUCGGUGAUCACCGCCACCUGGGUGUACCAGGGCCUGUGGAUGAACUGCGCGGGGAACGCGCUGGGCUCGUUCCACUGCCGCCCGCACUUCACCAUCUUCAGAGUGGAAGGUUAUAUUCAGGCAUGCAGAGGACUUAUGAUUGCUGCUGUCAGCCUGGGCUUUUUUGGUGCCAUAUUUGCACUCUUUGGAAUGAAGUGUACCAAAGUUGGAGGCUCAGAGAAAGCCAAAGCUAAGAUUGCUUGUUUGGCUGGGAUUGUGUUCAUACUGUCAGGCUUGUGCUCAAUGACUGGCUGUUCCCUGUAUGCAAACAAAAUCACGACAGAAUUCUUUGAUCCUCUCUUUGUGGAGCAAAAGUAUGAAUUAGGAGCUGCUCUGUUUAUUGGAUGGGCAGGAUCCACACUCUGCAUAAUUGGUGGUGUCAUAUUUUGCUUUUCAAUAUCUGACAACAACAAGACACCCAGAAUGGGAUACACAUACAAUGGGCCCACAUCUGUCAUGUCUUCUCGGACAAAAUAUCAAGGUGGAGAAGGAGAUUUUAAGCCCACAAAUCCAUCAAAACAGUUUGAUAAAAAUGCUUACGUCUAAGAGCUCUGCCGGCAAGCUGUAUCUU